AUGCGCUUGUUUCCGCAAAUCAAGAUCCUGCCCACCGAUGUGAGGGAAUAUGUACAAAGCCGGGGCCGCAUGAGAAAUAUGCAGGGCUUUGAGAUUCGCAUUGCGGUGUACUCCAACCCGCCCCGCUGCCUCCUCUACGAGGACAGACACGGCAGGCAGAAGUAUGGCGGCUAUUACCUGCGCUUCCUACAACACUUUCUGGAGGUCCACAAUGCGACCUUUGUGCCCGUUUACACGCCCAACGAUUCGCCCGGACACUGCAUUAGGGCGCUGCUUGCGAGGCGAGUGGACCUGUGCGGCGACUCACUGGCUCAGGGAUCGGACAAGGCUUUCGUUGUGACAAGGGCCAUUCGCAUGGCAUAUGCCAAUGUCAUGGUGCCCAAUGCCAAGCCGUUGAGUUCGUAUCGGUAUCUCGUGGCUCCAUUCCACCCGACUGUCUGGAUCUGCCUGUUCGUCUACAUAGCCUUCAUUGUUUUCUUCAUGAGCUGCAUCCACUGGCAGCAGCGGAGGCGCUGGAUCUUCAGCACCUUUCUGCUGGACGCCAUCAGGUCGCUGCUCUUCACGGGCUUCUCCCUGAAGCACCUCCAUGGGCGCGAGCGGUACAUACUCUUUGCCGUGCUCUUCAUAGCUGGCUUCAUCUACUCCACGUUCUACCUGGGCUACCUGAAGAGCAUAUUGACCACGGAGGUAUUCGAGAAGCCGAUCAACAGCUUUGCGGAGCUGCUGGAGUCCAACAUCAGCAUCAUGAUAGACGAAUACGACCGCAACUUGUCGAGGAGAUACCAUCUGCCGGAUAUGCUGUGGCCAAUCAUACAGGUGGUUCCCGACGAGACGCUGAAGAGGCAUCGCAGCGGCUUUGACCAGGAGUACGCCUACAUACUCUUCAGCGAUCGCAUGGACCUGUUCGACUAUGCUCAGAAGUACCUGAGGCAUCCGCGCCUGCGUCGUAUACCCAUCAACAUAUUCUUUCUGUUCUCCGGCUUCCCGAUGCGCGAGAGCUACUUCUUGAGGCAGUCGCUGAGUGACGCCUGGGCCUAUGCCUUUGAGAGCGGAUUCCUGAAGAAGCUGGCAGUGGACGCCGACCACGACACGAUGACAGCGAACGUGGGUUUCAAAUUCCUCGUCACCGACUACUACGAGGCGCAAUCACUGAAACUCGAUUAUUUCGUCAUGCCGGCCAUGUCGCUGGCCAUUGGCUACGGCCUGGCUUUGUUCGUCUUUGUCAUCGAGCUGACGGCCUGGCGCAGGCACAGGCACAGGCACAACCAGCGCUAA